AUGGAAAAUAACGAUAAAUUUAAGUGGAGCGGUCGUGCAAUCGAUUAUUCUCUUUUUAUUAAAGAGGUUAAUUGGCGUAUCGAAUUACUUGACGUUGGUAGUACGUGUGAUUUUGAAGAUAAAGCGAAAUUCGCAAAGUGGGGGUACAUCGGCAUUGAUUUAAUUAUCAAUAUUUUCGUAACGAUUAGGUUGAUCCAAAUUUUAACAAAAGGUAUCAGAAAUUCGAAAGACUUAAAUCAAAUGACCGAAAGGUCACCAAAUAUGAAUAAUUUAUUUAAGGCGGCUAAUUACUGGGGUUAUCUACAAUUGGGAUCAACUUUAAUAUUCAAUAGUUUAGCGAUUGUAGAGAUAAUUCCUUCGUUAAAAUUUGGUAGUAUUUUAACGAUCAGAAUUUUUCAAACUCUUAAUAAUAUUUUAUUCUCCCUUUUAAUAACAAAUGACAAAAAAAUUGUUAAAAUAAUUGCAAGAAUCGAAGAUAAUGAUAAUGAUAAUAAUAUCGAUAAUAUCGAGAUAUCUGUAUAA